UCCAAUAUUAAUUUGUAAAGUUAAUUUUUUUUUUCCGAAAUGUUAACGCUAAUAAAAGACAAUAUUCCCAAAUUGACCCUUAAAUGUGUGGCGGUGAGGCUUUGAGUUACAUUUGGUGCACCCCUAUGAUUUUUUGUAUUUGCAUAGGCAUCACAGGUCCUCUGAACUUUGCCCUAUCUUUAGCUCUCUCCCACCGAAAGGCAAAAGCAGAUAGACGAAGAGCAUCAAAUCAAAUGUGCGUUUCCUAAUCAGAUUCUUUCCCUUUAUACUAAAAUUUCUCCAUCUCUGCGGAAAUUGAGGGUUCGCCUAUCCCAGCGGAGUGUGAGUAUAUAAAUACCCGCGAACGCGCACACAGGAGAUGACGGCCGCGAGUGGUGAGACGGCGGCGAGCGGAGUUGAGCUUCCGGCGAAGAGGCAGAGAGAGGACGAACCGAACGGAGGCUCUGUCCCUGUCGAGAUGGAGGCUUCCAACAACUCCACCAUCUGCGGCGGCGCACAGGAGCCGCCGUGUUUCUCCUCCGUAAUCCCCGGCUGGUUCUCUGAGAUUAGCCCUAUGUGGCCUGGAGAGGCUCACUCUUUAAAGGUUGAAAGUGUACUGUUCAAGGGGAAGUCAGAUUUCCAGGAUGUCUUGGUGUUUCAGUCUUCUACUUAUGGUAAAGUGCUUGUUUUGGAUGGUGUGAUUCAACUCACAGAGAGAGAUGAAUGUGCAUAUCAAGAAAUGAUCGCUCAUCUCCCACUUUGCUCAAUUCAGAACCCGAAGAAGGUACUGGUUAUCGGAGGAGGAGACGGUGGUGUCUUGCGUGAAGUUUCUCGUCAUUCUUCUGUUGAGCAGAUAGACAUAUGUGAGAUUGAUAAGAUGGUAGUCGAUGUUUCCAAACAAUUUUUCCCUGAUGUAGCUGUUGGAUAUGAGGAUCCACGUGUAAACCUCCAUAUUGGCGAUGGAGUUGAAUUCUUGAAGAACGCAGCUGAAGGAACUUAUGAUGCCAUUAUAGUGGAUUCUUCUGACCCCAUAGGCCCUGCAAAAGAGCUGUUUGAAAAGCCUUUCUUUCAAUUGGUGGCAAGGGCUCUUCGUCCAGGAGGAGUUGUAUGUACACAAGCUGAGAGUAUAUGGCUUCACAUGCACAUAAUUGAAGAUAUUGUGACAAACUGCCGCCAAAUUUUCCAAGGCUCUGUCAACUAUGCAUGGACUACCGUUCCUACCUAUCCAAGUGGGGUUAUGGGUUUCAUGCUUUGUUCUACCGAGGGCCCAACGGUUGAUUUCAAGCACCCAAUCAACCCAAUAGAUCAUCUAAAUGACGCCGAGGCAAAAGUGCCUCUCAAAUUCUACAACUCCGAGAUUCAUUCUGCCGCUUUCUGUUUGCCAUCAUUUGCCAAGAAGGUGAUUGAAUCGAAGGCGAAAUGAAUGUGCAAUGGAAUUUUUGGGGGCUUUUUUUAUGUUCUUGCCUGCAUACUAUAAGCACUCUCAUUUAUUGGAUAUUUGUACCCUUUCUUGUUUUAUGGAUUAGGGGUGGGUUAUUUUCUCAUUUGUUAAAAAUAGCUGUAUCCAAUUUGAUGUUUUUAUUUUUCUUCUGGAUCUUGGGCACAAGUUUGAUUGAGAGGAUUUCAAGAUCUGCCAAUAAAAUAAAUUUGGUUCCUUUUU